GAUGGGGGCCCGCCCUGUGACCGGUGAGACCGGGUUAAACAUGUUUGUGUGCUCCAUAAGGCUUGCGAACACUUGCAUGACACCAUGAUACGUUCCUGAGCAAGAAGGGCAGCCCGCGCAGCUGUGACGCUCCUCCAUCUUUGUCAAAGCGGCGAGCCUGUUUCUGGCCGCAUGCCAUAGUGUUUAAUUUGAACACUGAGAUAUCGUUAUGCCAUUAAAUACAAGAUUGUAACUGAGCUCGGACACUGGCUCCAGCGAACGCGUCUCGCGAAAUGCUCUACUGGCCUGGCGCCAUCUGUACGCAACUGCAGAACUAGAGUUUUUGCGUGAUAUCAGGCUCAGAACUCUAUUCUAAGAGGUGACAACAAGCGUAGAAGAAGGUCACGCUCAGGACCGCUGCGCUGCAGAACACCCUCAACAUGUCGGAACGGAGCCACACCGGUGUGAACCCUAACCCCGGCACCGCCCCGGCACCCCAGGACCUUCCACCGCCGCCCGCCGGGCAGCUGACCACGCAGCUUCACGGCUUGGCUCUAGAUCUCCAGCUGCAAUCACAGUCGCAACUGCCGCCUCCCUCACAGCAGCCUGGGGAAGGGGACGCGCCGUCCCCCAUGGACAACAUCCCCACGUCAGGUGCCCAACACCCCGGUCCCGGGCCCAGCUCAGGCGCAGCUUCCCCCACCUCCACUCACGCCGCCCGCUGCCCCUCUAGGGUAUGGAUCCCAGACAUUGUUGACCGGAUCGCAGCUUUCCUGCCGCCCAACGAGAUCCCGGCGUCUGUCCGACUGGUCAACCGCGCAACAGCCAGUCAAUUCGGGCGAGAUCGGCGCCACGUCACCCUUGUGGCGACCGAGCCAGUGCCCCCGCACGCCUUCAAGCGGCAGUGGGGGCACCCGGGGGGCGGGGCGGCGGUGCGGGCAUUGAGCCGGGGCAGCCGGCAUUUGCUGGUCACGGCCACGGCACGCACCGGCGUGUUGGAGAACCUGCAGGCGCUGCUGGCCUGGGAGCAGUACUUCCCGGCCACCUGCGCGCUGAUGGCGGACGCGGCGGCGGGCGGCCACGUGGGCGUGUGCGAGUGGCUGCGGAGGGAGGCGGGCUGCCCGCUGCCCAGCCACUGCCUGCCGGACGUGGUGUGGAGGGGCGAUGAGGCCAUGGCCAUGUGGCUCAUCCGCGCCGGCUGCCCCUACCUGGACGACGACCUGCGCGGCGGCGGCGGCGGCGGCGGCGGCGGCGGAGGCCUGGGCGAGUACGACUAUGAUGAUGAUGAUGAAUACGACGACAGUGACCUGGGCGGCGGCGAGAACUUCACGCUGCCCGCGCAGGCGGCCCGCGGCGGCCACCGGGGGCUCAUGGAGAGGCUGUGCCAGCUGCAGCCGGCGUCCGCCAUCGACGGCGGGGAGCUGGUGCGCGCGGCGGCGGAGGGCCUGCCGUUGGCGGCGCUGCAGGAGCUGCACACCCAGUGGAUUGAGCGGCGGCGGAGGCGCCUGGAACCCUUCGAGGUCCGGCUGCUGGUGUCCGCCGCCGCGCUCAGCCCCACGCCCGACUGGGCUGACAAGCUGCGCUGGCUGCUGCACACAAAGAGCUACGAACGGUUCGGGGACACUGCUCAGGAUCCACGCGACCUGGAAUCACCACGAUCACCCGCUCCCGGCGGCUUCAUCGCACCGCACCUGUUCUGCCAGCGCGUGGAGGACGUGGGCGCGCGGAUCCGGGAGCUGAGCGCCUGGCCUGGAUCCACAUCCUCUGGAUCCGCCGGCAUCGGGACCCACUCUGGAUCCGAAUCCGGGUUUGGAUUCGGUCUGACCGGGGACCAUCUGAUUCUGGCGGCUGAGCGCGGCGACGCUGACCUGAUGCGGUAUGUGCUGGCGCUGUUUGGGCCGGAGUCCCGCCGCCGCGCCCGCACCUCCCACUCCGCCGUGCGCGCCUCCCGCGCCGCCGCUCGCAGCGGCCACCUGGCCUGUCUCCAGGUGCUGCUGGCGGCCGGUUGCCUCCACGGCAGCACGGACCAGGCUGUAGCAGCUGCAGCCACAGCCGAGGCCGAAGCCAAGGCUGCUACUGCUGAAGCGCUGAGGCGCGGCGGCGGCAAUGGUGGCAGUGGCAGCGGCAGCGGUAGCGGCGGGCCCAUGGAUGGCGCACAUGAUGUUCUGGCGGCCGCCGCCUCCAGCGGCCGACUGGAGGUGUUGGAGUGGGUGGCGGCGGCGCAGGGCGUGGAGGAGGACGAAGUUGCUCCGCCGGCGACGUCCACGGCAGCGGGUGGGCUGGCGGCAGCGCAGGUGGCGGCGGCAGCAGCCCCAGCAGCCGAGGCGGCAGCGGCAGCGGGUGAGCGGCCGCAGCGCAGGCGCCGGUCGUAUCUGCUACUGGCGGAUGUGGCGGAGGAGGCGGUGGCGGGUAGCGGGCGGCACGGCGCCGCGACUGGCGAGGCGCGGGCGAUGCUGACGUGGCUAAGGUCGCGCGGCUGCGCCUGGGGCCCCGCCGUCAUGUCCCGCGCCAUCAGCUGCGGGGACCGCGAACUGUGCGAGUGGCUGGCGGCUGCGGGCUGCCCGCUGGACGGCGGCGCCGUCACCGCGGCGGCGAGCCUGCUGACCGGCGCCGUGGAGGUCGCCGCCUGGGCGCAGCGCCGCGGCGCACCCCUGUCCGCCGCCGUGUUCCGGGAGGUGGCGGCGGCGCAGAACGAGGCGCUGCUGACGUGGCUGGCGGCCGCGGGCUGCCCCAUGCCGGCUGACGGCUCGCCCUACCAGCGCGCCGCCAUGGACGGACACUGGCCCACCCUGCGCUGCCUGCGGCGCCUGGGCUGCUCCUUCGGCACCUUCGAGCACGGGCUGUUUGCGGCCGCGCUCAUGGACCCCUCGGACUACCUGGCCGAGCAGGACGCCGAGGCCGACAACGACUUCUUCCCCCAGUACGACACCGAGCGCGGCCCGGCGGGCGCCCGCCUUGCCGUACUCAAAUGGCUGGCGGAGGAGGGCUGUCCGCUGCUGCCCGCCGCCAUGCCGCGCCCGGCGUUGCGCCGCGAGUCCGCUGCCGAUGCCGCAGCAGAAACUUCUGCGGAUGCCAAGAGCAGUGGUGUGGGGCCGGCGGCGGUUGAGCAGGUGGAGGCAGAGGAGCGGGCGGCGGAGGCAGAGGUUGCGGCGGAGGCGGAGGCGGCGGUGGACCAGGCGAUGGCGGUGCUGCUACGGCGCGCCGAGUACCGGCGGCCCUGGGCGCCCGACAUCCACACCUGGCUGGUCAAACACCUGGCACAACUGAGGCUGCAGCAGCAGCAGCAGCAGCAGCAGCAGCAGCAGCAGCAGCAGCAGCUGAAGGCAUAGGCAGGCACACGAGCCCUAGGCUGUAGCGGUUGGCGCACUCGGGGAAUGGCCGGGGCUUCAGGAACCCGACUUUCGCUUCAGGGCUGCUUCAGGGCUGCUUCAGGGCUGCUUCAGGUGUAGUGAACCGUCACCUUCAGGCUUCAGGUUUGGCACUGGCAACAGGCCGGAAGCAUGACAUUUGCACAGCCUACUGCAGCUGCCUGUUGCAUUGUGUCUUUGCAUUUUGUGCUGUCACAGGUGUUGGCAAGAAACAAGAGAAUGUGCGCGACAUUCACCGUACAUCAACCGCUAGUCCCACUAUGUUCUUUGUGAUGAAACUUUGUAACAAAUGAGUACAUGAAUGCUGCUCUCGGGCACGUUUCUUGCUGUCGGGCCCAGCCUCGCACAAGAUGCCGCGCUUCAGGAACAUUGCUUCAGGUCAGGGGUCUGUUUGCAAUCAAACAACAUCAAUAUUGCUACAUUCUAUGUACAAUGACAUGCUUAUACUUUGUCUGGUGCCAACGUCGGGAAAAUGAUACAU